GCCAGACCCCAAUGAAUCCGUGGGGCUGGCCAUGUGGUGACGGAAUUCUAGACCUUGUGCUAAAUGAUAUGCAUUCACUUGAGUGUUUCUGUUCCGCGUGUCUGUGUCGUUUUGCGUUAAGUUCAGUUGUCUGUGUGUCUGCUUCGUGUCUCACGCUCCUGCUUUCUUUCUCUGUUAAGCGAGGCCCUUACUCAGUCAGCGAGGUUCGAAGGAAGGAACAAACAAACAAUCAAUCAAUCAAUCGAUCAGUCACAGUUUCUCCAAUUUCCCCCUUCCACUUUCUCCAGCCUUCUCCCACUUUCGCUCUCCUCAUUCAAGUUGGACAAAGACGGCCCAUCGUUACGACACUGGGGUAGCAGGUGCCAUCGGGUGCAAUGCAGCAACCACCGAACGGAGGAAAUGGAGGAAAUGGGUCGGGGAAGGAUAAUCAGGGGCAUCAUGUCAGCCAAGGCGAAUACUUCACCGAGGAAGAUGUUCGACGGACGAGCACAGCAUCGACUCGACUCCCCUCGUUGCUCGAAGCAGCAGAGUCACCGCAGCCUCUUGCACGCCCUACAGAGGUAGCAGCAGACAUUCCACCACCACCACCACCAGCAGCUGCUCUUAGUCCCAUCAGCGAGCGGCCGCCUGCACUUCAUCCCCAACCAGCACCACAAGAACCACAAGUUCAGCCUCGUCGACCAUCACAACAGCCCGAUCUUGUGUCCCACCGUCCAGCUCCCCCUCCUCCCACCCGACAGAGUCAAGGUCAAAACAUUCCAUUCCAGCCCGCUCGUCAAGAAUCCGCUAUCCGUCUCCGAAGACUACGCACUUCAUCCGAGAGCAGCUCGAGGCUAGGGCCGUCAGUCAUCUCGGGUCAGAGACGCCCUUCUCACCCACAAUUGGGAUCUCAGUCCCGAGAUGCCCCGGCACCUUUAGCGGCAACAGGUCGACGUCGUUCCAGCUCUGACCCCCAGCGGCCACUCAGCGCCAGACACUGGGCUGAUGAUCAGCCUAUCAUGCACAAAUCGACACCUCUAGUUCCUGAACAUGAGGGCGGAGAGGUGCCACAGCCCCCAGCUGCUCAUCUCUCCCCCAUCAAUGAAAGUGUUCUGGCCCAGCCAUCUAUCAAAGUCGAGCCAGAGCACCCAGGUCUGCGCCACCAGGGUACCUUUCGAAACCUGAUGCCACGUCGUCGCCGUGCAGAGAACCAGGCCAGCCCUGAGGAUGCUCAGCUACAGGCAGAACAUGACACGUACGACUCGCGCAUUGUAGACUUUCUGGAUGUUAUUGACCCAGAAGUUGCCGCCUUGUCGUCCAUCACCAACGUUCAAAACUCCCUCUUCGUUCCUUCGCUGGGUAGAUUUGUCAACCGAAGACCGACAUAUGAUCUCUCCCAGCUACCAGUUCUACCACCCAACCUGCCCGGCACCUCGCCCCCUUCCCAAGAGGAUGUUCAUACUAUCCGAACGACCCGAACGGCCACGACUGCAGGCGAGGGCGAGACAGAAGAUGAAAGCGCGCAUCAGCGCCCAAGUCCACCUCAUGUUCACAGUUUCUCGACCGUUUUGACUGCUCCUCAGUAUGCCAUCCUGCCCAAGGACGCCACUCUGGAGGGGUGGCGCGAAGAAGACAUCCGGAUGCUCAAUGACUAUGUUCGGCAUAUGCUCCACUCAAAGCGUUCCAAGUUCAAGCAGCGCAUGAAGGCAUUCGGAAAGUACUGCAGGCGGCCUCUGGGCUUUCUUGUCACCCUCUAUGCUGUUUUGAUCACUCUGUUCGGUCUUGCUUGGGUUCUCUUCCUUAUCGGGUGGAUCUACGUCGGCGACAAACAGCUGUACGUCAUCAAUGUCAUUGACAAUGUCCUUGUCGCUUUAUUCGCUAUUGUCGGUGAUGGCCUUGCCCCCUUCCGGGCGGUCGACACAUACCACAUGAUCUUUGUGGCUCGCUAUCACCUCAAGACGAUCAAGCUUCGCAACAGGUUGUUGGUUCCUUUGAAGGAUCCCAAUGACGUGCCUCUGCAAACCCAGGCCGCCCUCGAACAAGCAGACGUUGAGCGCGCCCCCGUAGACCCUCACAUGACAGAGGUCCGGCAUGACGAUACCUUCAUCCCCGUCCUCUCCGAAAAAUCACAAGCCAGAUUCAUCCACCAUCAAAAGAAGCUGGCCAAGUCACACACCUUUUACAAGCCUCACGAAACGGGAACUCACCACGCCUUUCCUAUCGGCUUGCUCAUUGCCAUUGUUUGCUUGUUGGACUUGCACAGUUGUCUCCAGAUCACUCUCGGUUCUUAUACCUGGUCUACCGACUACCAUACUAGGAAAAGUGCAGUGACCACCGCUGUCCUUUGCUGCUCCAUUGCUGCCAACAGUACUGCCGGUUUGCUCAUUGCCAUCGGCGAUAGGCGUACUCGCAAGAAGGAUGUCUUGGAGCGACUAUUGAAGCAGGAGCUCACGGCUGAAGUGAUGCACAAAAUGGAGAAGGAACGGGAGAAGAAAGCCAAGCAAGAGGCUGGGGAACCUACCGGUAUCAUGCAACCGGCUUUGACGUUGACGAACAAGUUCAGAAAGAGUGAAGAUCAUGGAGUCAGAAAGAACAUGGAUCAUGGCACUAGCAAGGCUAGCAGCAGCUCAGAAAGCUCUCGUACGGACAGGAAGGAGACAGCAGGUCGGUUCAAUCCUACCGUUUCAGCAGCUCAGGUUCAGGACCAAGAGAAGCAGCAGGGAGCUCGGAACGGCACUGCGUAAUGUGGGAGGUCAAAAGAGUUUUGUUUUGCUUUGAAAAGUCACGGAGUUAGGACUAGGGAGAAAGAUACACGGGCGGCUCUCUGGAUACCAUUUCUGCUUAUUCUGUUUUUAUUUUUAUUUUUCUUCAAUGCCUUGUAUAAGGUUUCCCUUCUGUCUACAUCCCGUCGUAUCGCAUCGCAUCCAUCAAGCAAGCGAGCCAACAUGCUUUCUCUGUACUCUUCUCUCUAUACUUGUAAUUCACUUCUUCUAUUGGCAUUUUCGUCGUUUCGAUAAGUCCUUGAACUUCUGUGAUCAAUC